AUGUGGCUCUUUCGGGGCGCGCAGUCCGCAGUCUUCUACUAUGCAAGUUGCACCCCCUGCGCCGAAAAUGUCGAUCGUCACAAACGUAGAAAAGAUGCUGCCCGAGCCCAGCGGGAAAAGGAGAAAGAACGACGCAACAACGAAAUCGUCAGCGACCAACCCCGUCCAUUCGCACAGCCAACCCCUUUCAGCACAAAUGUAGGGUGGCGAGAGGAAAUCGCCCUAGGACCCGGUCCCCCAGCCCGUCGCGGCCACCGCAAUGUUCAACGAACCGACAGCUGGAAUACCGACCAGAGCUCACAACUCAAGAAAGACAAGAGUGGUGGCCUGAUGCAUCCAAUCGGCGAGAAGUGGAAGUCCAUGCGAUACCAACGGGAAGAUGAGCCUCUAUGGGGACAACAAGAAGUCCGCGGAUCGUCUAUUGGAUUCUCUGGACGUGGUCGUGCAGACCCGAACGAAACCUCCAAAUACUAUAUCCCCCGCGUACCGCCUGUGAACGACCUCCACACGCCCAUCGUUAGUGGCCCAUGUAGCCGUGCCGAGACCAGAUGGAUGAUCCAGCCGCUACCAAGCGCCCGAGUUAUGGCUGGUAAAGCAGAAGCCACUGUCACUUCGCCGACUCAAGCCACUUAUGGACCUGGCAGCUUAUCCCGGUCUCCCAAGAACGUGAUCAGGGAGGAUGUGAUCAAGGAGGAUGUGAUCAGGGAAAACGAGACCGAAAGAAUCGGCAGCGAGACUGGUGACGGUGCUAUCGAUUACACUACUCAGAACCAUCAACCUCGUCGGUCAUCGCUGGCUCAACUCCGUAUCGACUCCGAUGGCCCAGACCCAGGUUUACACUCUCGAUCUGACUCUAUGUUCUCCACCACCAACUCGGAUGACUCUCAAAGUCUUUCAUGGAGAUAUCCCGACACUCCGGGAUCCCGCCCUCAAUCGAAAGCCGCAGAUGACAGUGAUAAGAUCUACCGCCCAAAUAUCUCGAAGACUCUCUCCACAAUGCAUCGCGACAACAAGAAGGUCCAGAUGCUACACCUAGAGAUCAACGACGACAGUCGCGAUGAUAUUGGCCUGGGUCAAUUCCAGCCCAUUCGCCCAUGGCGUUGGAGCAUGGACAUCUAA